AUGGGACGGCAGCCGCAGCGGAGGGCGGCGGAAGGCGGCUGAGGGUGGCUGAGCGACCCUGCCGUGGCCUCCUGUGGCCGUGCGCGCCCGCGGGCCUGUGCGCCUGUUCGCGCCCGGGACUCAGGCCGCCGGCUGCAGACUCCCGACCCCUCCGCGGCGGUGGGUGGCUCUGACUUCGCCGCUUCCGAGGGGCCGAAAGGGCGUGCGCUAUCCCGGCGCGAUGCGCUGAGCGUUCAGAGCCCCAGACGUCCGGCUCGCGGGCUGCCCCCGGAGCGGACCUCCAUGGAGUCCGCGGGCACCGGGCGGAGCCUGCGAACGCCGCCGCCUCGGCUGCUGCUGCUCCUGCUCCUGCAGGUGGCGGGGCCAGCGGGCGCCCUGGCGGAGACCCUGCUGAAUGCGCCGAAAGCCAUGGGCACCAGCUCCAGCCCGCUCAGCCCCGCGAGCGUGGUGGCUCCCGGAACGACAGCAUUCGAGGAAAGUCGACUGCCCGUGUUCACCCUGGAUUACCCCCAUGUGCAGAUCCCCUUCGAAAUCACCCUCUGGAUCCUGCUGGCUUCCCUGGCCAAGAUUGGUGAGCGAGCUGGACCCUCGGGUGGGGGCAAGGACGAGCCAAAGGGGCACCCCCGGAGGGUGACGGAGUGGGCGACACGACCUCUCGCUCGUGGCCAUCUCCCGGUGGACGCAGGCUUCCAUCUCUACCACAAGCUGCCCACCAUCGUUCCCGAGAGCUGCCUGCUCAUCAUGGUCGGACUUCUGCUCGGCGGAAUUAUCUUUGGCGUCGAUGAAAAGUCUCCCCCGGCGAUGAAGACCGACGUGUUUUUCUUGUACCUCCUGCCUCCCAUCGUGCUCGACGCCGGCUACUUCAUGCCCACGCGCCCCUUCUUCGAGAACCUCGGCACCAUCUUCUGGUACGCGGUGGUGGGGACCCUGUGGAACUCCAUCGGCAUCGGCGUGUCCUUGUUUGGCAUCUGCCAGAUCGAGGCGUUUGGCCUCAGUGACAUCACCCUGCUGCAGAACCUGCUCUUCGGCAGCCUGAUCUCAGCCGUGGACCCGGUGGCCGUGCUCGCUGUCUUCGAGAACAUUCACGUCAAUGAGCAGCUCUACAUCCUGGUCUUCGGCGAGUCCCUGCUGAACGACGCGGUCACAGUGGUCCUGUAUAACUUGUUCAAGUCCUUCUGCCAGAUGAAAACCAUUGAGACCAUCGAUGUGUUUGCCGGAAUUGCUAACUUCUUUGUCGUGGGAAUCGGUGGGGUGUUGAUCGGCAUCUUCCUGGGUUUUAUAGCGGCAUUCACCACUCGCUUCACACACAAUAUCCGAGUGAUUGAGCCACUCUUUGUUUUCCUGUACAGCUAUUUGUCCUACAUAACAGCUGAGAUGUUUCACCUCUCUGGCAUCAUGGCAAUCACUGCUUGUGCCAUGACUAUGAACAAGUAUGUGGAAGAGAAUGUGUCUCAGAAAUCCUACACGACCAUCAAGUAUUUCAUGAAGAUGUUGAGCAGCGUCAGCGAGACCCUCAUCUUCAUCUUCAUGGGCGUGUCCACCGUUGGGAAGAACCACGAGUGGAACUGGGCCUUUGUCUGCUUCACGCUGGCCUUUUGUCUGAUCUGGCGGGCGCUGGGUGUCUUUGUCCUGACUCAGGUCAUUAAUUGGUUCCGGACCAUUCCCCUGACCUUCAAAGAUCAAUUCAUCAUUGCCUAUGGAGGCCUCCGAGGUGCCAUCUGUUUUGCCCUGGUCUUUCUCCUUCCUGCUGCUGUGUUUCCUCGGAAAAAGCUGUUCAUUACGGCUGCCAUCGUCGUCAUAUUCUUUACUGUCUUCAUCCUGGGCAUAACUAUCCGACCAUUAGUGGAAUUUCUUGAUGUUAAGAGGUCCAAUAAGAAACAGCAAGCUGUCAGUGAAGAAAUCCAUUGUCGGUUUUUUGAUCACGUGAAGACUGGGAUUGAAGAUGUCUGUGGACAUUGGGGUCACAAUUUCUGGCGAGACAAGUUCAAGAAGUUUGAUGACAAAUACCUGCGGAAGCUUUUAAUUCGGGAAAAUCAACCCAAGUCAAGCAUUGUGUCCUUGUAUAAAAAACUUGAAAUAAAACAUGCCAUUGAGAUGGCAGAGACUGGGAUGAUAAGUACUGUUCCUUCAUUUGCAUCUCUAAAUGAUUGUCGUGAAGAAAAAAUAAGGAAGCUUACUCCUGGUGAAAUGGAUGAAAUUCGAGAAAUAUUAUCAAGAAAUCUCUACCAAAUACGUCAACGAACUUUGUCAUACAACAGACACAACCUGACAGCCGACACGAGUGAGAGGCAAGCCAAGGAGAUUCUGAUCCGCCGUCGGCACAGUUUGCGCGAAAGCAUCAGAAAGGACAACAGCUUGAAUCGAGAGCGCAGGGCUUCUACUUCAACCUCCCGAUAUUUAUCAUUACCUAAAAAUACAAAGCUUCCAGAAAAGCUACAGAAGAGAAAGAAUAUUUCUAAUGCAGAUGGUGACAGCAGCGACUCUGAUGCUGAUGCUGGAACCACCGUGCUCAAUUUGCAGCCCCGAGCCAGGCGCUUCCUGCCAGAACCAUUCUCCAAGAAAGCUUCCCAGGCCUAUAAAAUGGAAUGGAAGAACGAGGUGGACGCGGGCUCUGGCCAAGGGCAGCCCAGCCCGCCCGCUGCACCCCGCAGCAAGGAGGGGGGCACGCAGACACCGGCUGUCCUACGGCAGCCCCUUCUCUCCAAAGACCAGGGGAGGGAGGACAGUUUGACUGAAGGUGGCAGACCCAAGCCGCCUCCGCGGCUGGUCCGGAGAGCGUCCGAACCUGGCAACCGGAAGUCGAGGUUGGGGAGUGACAAGCCUUAAUGGAAGCGGCCAAAACAGACCUGGGGUGGCCUGCGCAGCACGGCUCUGUGUGUCAAUCCCAAACCUGAAGCAACCAUGAAAUCCAUUCACAACUCGCUGUGCAUCUAAAUGCUUGCUUGUGCUGAUUAAUGGAACGAAUGCUUAUCCCCAGAGGAGGAAAAUCGAAGAAAAAAAAGUCCCACAAAUUGUCUUGUGAUGUGUUGCAAUCGCAUUCUCUGCAGGUCUGCAGAAGACAAAACAAAUGUGUGCCUUUUUUGAACUCGAACGACAGAACUUGAAAUUUUUAAGAGAUCUUUGUUGGUGAAAAUUUUAAUAUAUUACAUAUGUAUGUCUCAAAUUUUAUUUAUGAAAAAAAUACGUCUAUCUGUAGUAGUCAGUUUUUAUGUGAAUGGCACUAAAUGUACUGAAUUUCUUUCCAAGGGGUAAAGGACUUUCCCGGGUGGGAGGGGUGGUCCCCAGUGCAGGGGCUGGGGCCUUCCCUGGUCCUGAGCUGAUGUAGAAGUUGGUAAUUACGGAAGAGCACAGCCCCACACACAGGUGCCUCAGGGGUCAGAUGCCCAGGCAGAUGGAGUGGCCUGGCUUCCAGAGCACAGAUGACAAGUGCCUGUGUGCCUAUGAAAUCAUGACAGUAAGCUGGUUUUUAGUUUGUUCCACUGUCUACCAUGUGUUUGGGGGUGGCUCUAAGUCCUAUCUCCCCUUCUUAUUUAAAUGGUGCAAAGAGAAAAGCUGCCCAGGCAAAACCAACUUGGGGGUGUUCCACUCAGACUUGGUGGCAGCUUUUGGUGAGGUUCCCCCCCCCCUUGAGGGCCUCCUUGUGAGAGGAGAGGGGAGAGAGAGGCGGUGCAUCUGCUUACCACUUCUUGAUGGGUUUUAUGUGGUGCAACACUGGGAGGAGACAGGCGAUUCCUAACAUGUCCAUCCAUGAACACCAGCUUCAACCGAAAUUUUCCAUAGAACAUUCUAGACCUUUGAGUCCCCAUAAGAGGCUCAAAGCAAAGUUGGAAGUUUAUAUAAACAAUAUUCCUAUUCUUAACAGAUGGGUGAGAUUUCAAGUUUUUGGCUUUAAUUCAGGAAGCACUUUGGAGAAUGUGCAAGUCUUUUUUUUUUUUUUUUUUUUGCACUAGACUGUUAUUUGCUACUUCUUGUUCAAUAAUGUAGUGACUCACAUUCUUGAAAUAAAAUUAGGUUUUACUCGUGGGAGCACUUUUUUAAAGUAUACCAAAAAGAAAAGAAGUAGAACAUGAUCAUUAAAGAUUGGCCUUUGAAUCUUGCUUAAACUGUAAAUUUCAUUGGUCUGUCAUUUUUUUUUCUUCUGAAUAAUCCCUCUUUAAACUUGACCAGAACAAGACUCUACAUUUCUGGAUUUAGAUAUUAAAUGAAGUCACUUAUGUAAUCCCUAGGUUU